GACCUCUGAUAAUGAUGAGACCACAUGCACCAGCAGAAUGCAUGGAGGUUGCUCCGGCCUCAAUCGGUAUUAAAUAUAGUUUGUCUAAUUAACGGCAGGCAUCUGCUUUCCUUCUGGCCCCCCAAGUGACAUGGCAGCUUCAGCAGGCGUCUUCGAUGCAGAGAACCAGUUCAUGCAAAGAAAAACAUCCAUAUCCACAACCUCCGAUGAAAAAAAGGCAACCGCACCCGUUGUAGAUGUUGAGGGUGAUCUGAAUGGCGCCGAAAAGGAUGAAGAGACGCAAGCGAGGAAGUCGUUCGACAAGAAACUCCGUGUUGUCGUCUUGAUUGCCCUCGCUGCACUCAUCCUCGGGUGGUGGAUCUCUGCCACUAUUUUGACAGCGACACGCGGACGAUGGCUCGUGCAGACAGUUUUCGCGUGGUUUUUCUUACUCAUUAUCGCGUUCCGCUUCAUACCCAAUUCGGUGGUGACGGAGCCUAUUGCUGCCGUAUGGAUGCCAUGCAUCCAGGAGCCUUGGUACAAACUUUCUCGGACAGUGAGAUUGACAACUGGAUGGCUCUGCCUUCUUGCCAUCGUGUUUGGGUCUGCUUUCGGAUUCCCGCUCACUGGUAACACCGAUUAUGGACAUCGAGCAAUUUCAGUACUUGGGCUGUUUGUUUUCCAGUGUGGUUUCUACUUGUUCUCCACGAACAGAUCGGCCAUUUGCUGGCCUACUGUGAUAGUCGGCCUUUUCCUGCAACAGACUAUCGCUCUUUUUGUGCUCAAGACUGGCGCUGGUUUUUCCCUUUUCAAAUACAUUGCGGAUCUCGCAAAUGACUUCUUGUCGGAAGCCAAUGUCGGAGCUGCAUUCUUCUUCGAUGCAGAAACCGUUGCGAAGAAAUGGUUCUUUGUGAAUGUGCUCUCCGCAGUUAUCUUUUUCAUCGCCACGAUUCAAAUGUUUUACUAUCUCGGCGUCAUGCAAUGGAUGGUCAAAGGAUUUGCAUGGUUGUUCUUUAAGCUCAUGAAUGUGUCCGGCGCUGAGGCAGUUGUCGCGGCUGCUUCUCCUUGGGUAGGACAAGGAGAGUCUGCAUGUUUGGUCAAGCCUUACGUUGAUAUCAUGACCCCAUCGGAACUUCAUCUUGUCAUGACUUCUGGUUUCUCCACUAUCUCCGGAUCUGUUUUGACCGCCUACGUUGCCCUAGGUGUUCCACCGCAGAAUCUCAUUACCUCAUCCGUCAUGAGCAUACCUGCUUCUAUUGCCAUCAGUAAGAUGCGGAUCCCCGAAGUUGACGAACCUGUUACUCGCGGUCGCAUAGUAGUGGACCGUGGAGACACGGAAAAGAACCGGCCAGCCAACGCUCUUCACGCAUUUUCUUUGGGAGGUCUGUUUGGCCUGAAUGUCGCGGGACAAAUCCUCACUAACGUGUUGACGAUCCUGUCACUCGUCGCCACCAUCAAUGCCAUCUUGACAUGGGUUGGUCGUGGAUUCGGGAUCCACCAACUUACUCUACAGCUAAUUUUGGGAUACAUCGGAUACCCUGUUGCCUUCUUCUUGGGCGUCCCCAGCGCUGAGAUCCUCCGGGUCUCGCAGCUGUUAGCGACGAAGCUAAUCGAAAACGAGUUUGCUGCGUACUUAGAACUAAACAGUAUUCAAGGAAGCUCAAACCCCCUGUCACAGCGUGCCUACACGAUUGCAUCAUAUUCACUCUGUGGAUUUGCAAAUCUCGGAUCGCUAGGCAUACAGAUCGGUGUGCUCGGCGCUUUGGCACCAUCGCAGGGCAAAACUAUUGCAAAACUUGCGACGUCUGCUAUGAUUUGCGGAUUCAUUUCAACCCUCCAAACGGCUGGUAUCGCUGGCAUGCUUGUAUAACACGAAGGGUAUCUUGGAACCAGAAUGGCUGAGCUGUGGCGUUAUAAGAUGUUAUCGUAAUAUACCUAGCCCUUCAUAAGUAAAGGCAAGAGACAUUGUCAAUAGUAGCCAAUUGUCAACUCUGCUGGGGACACUCAUCGAUACCGAGGGUUGCAUAAGAGAACUUCU